AUGUCUUCUGCCUCCCCCACGGACGAGAUCGCGGGCGCAGUGGAGAUCAAGCAGGAAAAUGUGAUGGAAAUUCUCUCUGAAGCAAGCAAGGUACCCCCCGACGGGGUUGCGGCGGGAGCCCUCAACCCAGCGCCGCCGCCCCCUCCCGCCGCGGCCCCGUUCCCCAUGGAGCACGCAGCCUCUACCGCCACCGCCGCCGCCGCGGAGGAAGGAGCCGCGGACCAGGUACUGCUCCACACAGAACUCCUGGCGAGGAAUCACCACGCUGCCUCCUCUCCCUCCUCCUCUUCUUCAUCCUCUUCCUCCUCCUCGCAGACCCCCCUGGCUUUCUCUCCGGACCAUGUCGCCUGCGUCUGUGAGGCGCUGCAGCAAGGUGGGAACCUGGACCGCCUGGCCAGGUUCCUGUGGUCUUUGCCCCCGAGCGAUCUGCUACGUGGCAACGAGAGCUUGAUGAAAGCUCGGGCGCUGGUGGCUUUCCACCAGGGCAUCUACGCAGAACUCUAUAGCAUCCUGGAGAGUCACAACUUCGACUCCUCCAACCACCCGCUCCUGCAGGAGCUCUGGUACAAGGCUCGAUACACCGAGGCGGAGCGAGCCCGGGGCAGACCUUUGGGGGCGGUGGACAAGUACAGGCUGCGAAGGAAAUACCCUCUGCCCAGGACGAUCUGGGACGGCGAGGAGACGGUCUACUGCUUCAAGGAGAAGUCCCGCAACGCGCUGAAAGAUUUUUAUAAACUGAACCGGUACCCCUCACCAGCCGCCAAGCGCAACCUGGCCAAGAUCACUGGGCUGUCCCUCACCCAGGUCAGCAACUGGUUCAAGAAUCGCAGGCAGCGGGACCGAAACCCUUCCGAGACCCAGUCCAAAAGCGAGUCAGAUGGCAACCCUAGCACAGAAGAUGAAUCCAGUAAGGGGCAAGAGGAUUUAUCUCCCCAUACACUCUCCAGCUCAACCGAUGGCAUUGCCAGUCUCAGCCUUCCUGGCCACACAGAGCCUGUCUACAUGCAGCAACUUGGAAACACUAAAAUAGCCUUGAGCUCAUCUGGGGUGUUGUUGAAUGGAAACCUUGUGCCUGCCAGUACCUCUCCCGUCUUUCUCAAUGGUAGCUCUUUUCUUCAGGGACCCAACGGUGUCAUUCUCAAUGGACUCAGUGUGGGGGCUUCGCAGACAGUUACCUUAAAUUCACCCAAAACCACAUCAAAUGUUGUGAGCAAUGGGGUGUCCAUUACUGACAUACUGUCACCUUCAUCAGAAGAUGUUAAGGACCUCAAACUCCUUCAGGCUUCAGUCCCCAAUGUGACAGCAGCCACCUUUAGCCCCAGCAACAUCCCGGUCUCAUUCCCGGGAUUGAUAUCAAGCUCAGAGGUGAAAAGGGAAGAUGUACAAACUGCUGCUUCCCAAGAUGGAGGCUCUGUAGUUACUUUUACUGCUCCUGUCCAAAUAAACCAGUAUGGCAUUGUCCAGAUCCCCAAUUCAGGAACAAAUGGCCAGUUGCUGAACGGAAGCAUUGGUUUUUCUUCUCUGCAGCUGCCUCCUGUUUCUGUGGCAGCUUCACAAGGUAAUGUUUCAGUAAAUCCCAGCACGACUGAUGGAGGAACUUUUACAACUGAAUCUCCAACAGUGCAGCAGGGAAAGGUUUUCUUCAGCCCCCUUCCCCCAAGUGCAGUUGUUUAUACAGUUCCAAAUUCAGGCCAGGCAGUAGGCUCUGUCAAGCAAGAAGGACUGGAAAGAAGCCUUGUAUUUUCUCAGUUGAUGCCAGUCAGUCAGAACACUCAACUAAAUAUCAACAUGUCUUCUGAAAACAUAUCCAGUGGAGGACUCCAGUCCCUGGCCUCCUCGUUAGUGAAUGUAAUGCCCUCACAUAAUUUUUCCCUCACACCACCAACUCUUUUAAAUGCUGCAGAACUGAACUCUGGUAUCUCGGAGAGCCAGUCCAUGUCAUCACCUGUGACCAGUACCUCUACCGUGAUAUCUAUCAGCAACACUAACUAUGCAACCCUUCAGAACUGUUCCCUCAUCACUAGUCAAGAUCUGUUGUCCAUUUCUACAGCACAGCCCACUCUCGGAGAAAUUGUUUCUACAAGCGGAGACCGUGUCAGCCACUCCUCUGCACAAGUACACGAAGAUUUUGUCAGAGAGCACAGGUUGGUUCUGGAAGCCGUACCUGAUGUCAAAGAGAAUUUCUUACCUAAUUCUGAGAGUAAGUCAACUGGCAAUCUAAUGAUGCUGGAUUCAAAAUCCAAGUAUGUUAUGAGUAACAUGGUUGACACGGUUUGUGAAGAACUGGAAACAGACAAAAAGGAACUUGCCAAACUGCAGACAGUUCAGAUGGAUGAAGAUAUGCAAGACUUGUAA